AUGCAGCAUACAAGGACCCCUCGUGAUGAGGUGCCUGUUCUGAUCGUUGGGGGCGGUCCUUCGGGGCUGCUGCUAGCCUUUAUCCUGGCCCAGCUCGAUGUUCAAACACUUAUAAUUGAAAGAUAUCAGACAAGACUGGCUGCUCCAAAGGCGCACGCGCUGUCUCCGCGAUCGCUUGAAAUUUGUCGCCAGUUUGGUCUCGACGUGAAUGAAAUCCGUAACUUGGGUACUUCUCGUCGUGAUGCAUAUUGGGUCAAUUUCAUCACCAAUCUCAGCGGAAUACUGGUCGGUCGCCUUCCAUAUGAGCGAAUGGACCCUGAGGUGCUUGAUGCCACUCCAACGAUGAUUCAUAAUAUUCCUCAACCGGCUUUCGAAGACUUUGUGGCUAAAAGACUGGCGCAAAUGCCCUUGAAUGAAAUCCGAAAGAGUCACUCUUUCGUCCGCCUACAAGAGUUUGAUGACUACGUUCUCACGACAGUUGAAGACCGCACCUCGGGUCAAGAGUACGUUGUCAAAUCCAAACAUGUGGUCGCUUGUGACGGCGCCAGGAGUGCUGUUAGGAAGUUUCUGGGUGUUGAUAGUGAGGGAGAGGACUCUUAUGAAACAAUGAUGACCAUUCACUUCAACGCGGACUUACGUCCCAUCCUCGGGGACCGUGUCGGUAUGCUCCACUGGGUCAUGGAUCCCGAAGUAUCUGGCUUCAUCAUCGGCUAUGAUCUCUCUGGAAACCAAGUCUUGAUCUGCAACUUUGACCCGAAGAAGCACCCACUAGACUCCUGGGAUGAAGAUCUUUGCCGCAAAACCGUAAAUGCGGCCAUUGGCAGGGAAAUUCAAUACGAUGUACUUUCGUAUAGACCCUGGAUACUCAGCCGCAAAGUAGCCAAAAGCUACCAGGUCAAUCGAGUUUUCCUAGCUGGGGAUGCCGCUCAUUCCUUUCCUCCAACAGGGGGCUUGGGACUCAAUUCUGGAUUGGGCGACGUGCACAACCUAGCGUACAAAUUAGCCGCCGUCCACAAAGGCUGGGGUGGCAGUAAUUUGCUCGAAACCUACACUGUUGAUCGGCGACAGGUUGCACUUGUGAAUUCGCAGCAAAGCGUUAAAAAUGGGCUUCAGAUUUUCGGCCUCCUCAAAGCCCUAGGCACUACCGAUGAAGACGUCGAGGUGGCACGGCAGAACCUCCACCGCAACAUCCAAGACCCCCAAGCGAUGGUAGCAAUCAAUCAGGGGAUCGAGGGACAGAGAGAGCACUUUGAUAAUCUUGGACUUCACAUAGGAUACAUAUAUGGUGACACGAAAAUCCCGGACAAUGCAUCUGUCUUCCAUCCAGUGUGUAUUCCAGGUGCGCGCUUACCUCAUACUUGGAUCCGAAUUGUUACUCCGUCACAACGCUCCUUGCCUGCUAUUGACUCUUCAUACGUUUGGGAGUUUUCCGAGGAACAAAUCAAGCAGAAGCAGUACUCGACACUAGACUUAUGUGGCCCAGACGCUUUCACCGUUUUGGUGGAUCGGCCGUGGGCAAACAAGUGGGACCUGCACAUUCAAGAAAUGCGAAAGUCAUUGCCAGCGGGAGUGGCGGAAUCAUUAAAAAUGAAAAUUUCCGUUAUUGGGGUGGACUUUGAGCUGGAGGAUGGGCAACAAUCCGAGCAAUGGAUGGGUAUAAUGGGACUAAAGGAAGGCCAGGCAACGUUAGUUCGACCAGACCAGCACAUCCUUGCUUGUUUUGACUCUGCCAAUGUCCAAACUUGCGAGAUCCUUGAGGCUCUCCACGGCCACCUUGCUUGGUAAAGCCAAUCUUAUAGCUAACUAGUUAACUAGUUGGUGUACUGUGAGUCGUGUGGCUUCAUACUCUGUCAGAAACGAGAUAGAGUAGCGCUCAUCUAAGCCCGGUGAACACAAUACCGAAUCCUCUAUUGUCG